AUGGUGAUGGCUAGGGAUGCGCUCCAGGCAAAGCAGCGAGUGGCAGAGGUGUUGAGAGCAGAAGCCGAGCAGUUGAACGCGCAUGGCGCUGACAGCGAGGUCUGGAGCAAGCGCGCCGAGCGCGCCGAGAUCGACUCUGGCUCUCUGCUGGAGCAGCUGGAGAGCCUGAUGCAGGCCAAGAGGGCCAUGGCGCACGACCGCGCUGAGCUGGGGCGCGGCCUCAGCCUGCUGCGCGCGGAGCGGGAGCUCCUGUGCCACCAGCUGCAGGUGGACCCCGCCACCAACCUGUGCCGCGCGGUGGAGUCGGCCCUGGUCGACGCGCGGCGCGCUGGCGUGCUGGAGGCGCAGCUGCGCGCAGUGGUGCGGCAGCGGCGGCAGCUGCGGCUAGAGGUGGAGGCGGCGCGGGAGGCCAGGGCCCGGCACAAGGCGGUGUGGCAGGUGGGGCCGAGGGAGGGUGGGCCCUGGCGGCGUCCCCGCACCUGA